UAUCUGCUCGUGGCUUCCGACACGCUUUUCUCCGAAAACAAAACCAGAUCACGAAUGAACAUUUGUAGGCUAACAGCUGUUAGAUCCGUAGUCAAAUUGUUAUCAGUUACUCUCAACCCUACGCAUAUUAACCGCAUCAGGUGUUCGCCUUUGAUUUCUUUGCUCACAAGUCACACAUUCGUCCAAGUUAGAAGCAUGUCGGUAACCGGUAACCUGUUGUCCUGGAAAAUAACAGCAGACGAUAUAAAGACAUCUGCCGACGAACUCAUUGUAAAAACAAAAGCUGCGUACGAUACAGUUGGGCUGUUGAAACCGGAAGAAGUCAAUUAUAGGAACGUUGUUAAGGCACUUGCAGACAAUGAUUGCCAGUACUCAGUGAAGAGGAAUAACCUGGACUUUGUGCAACAUGUGUAUGCAGAUAAAGCACUCCGAGAUGUCAGCGUGGAGGCAGAUAAGAAACUGUCCGAAUUUGAAGUAGAAAUGAGCAUGAGACAGGAUGUUUUUGAUGCCAUUGUGGCAUUCCAGAAGAACAACAAAGCUGAUAUAUCUCCAGAAGCUAAGCGAUACGUAGAAAGGCUCAUCAAAUUGGGCAAGAGGAAUGGUCUCCAUCUUCCCAAGAAUGUUCAGAACCGCAUCAAAGAGCUGAAGAAGAGAAUGAGUGACCUGGGAAUCGACUUCAGCAAAAAUCUCAAUGAGGAGAACACCAUUUUGGAGUUCACAGAGGAGGAGCUAGUCGGGCUGCCUGGUGACUUCCUGAAAGCCUUAGAGAAGACUGAGAGUGGGCAGUACAAGGUGUCACUCAAGUACCCCCACUAUUUCCCAUGCAUGAAGAAAGCCAGGAACCCAGACACAAGGAGGAAGAUGGAAACAGCAUUUAAUUCCAGAUGUUUGAAGGAGAACACACCUAUCCUGGAGGAGCUCGUCAAGCUGAGACACGAGAAAGCCCAACUCCUUGGCUUCCCAACCCACUCUGCCUUCAUCCUUGACAUGCGUAUGGCCAAGACACCAGAGGCUGUCGACACAUUCCUUAAAGAUCUCACAGAAAAACUUCAGCUUCUCCGCAAAGAGGAGAUGGAGGACUUCCUUCGUUUCAAGAAAGAAGAGUGUGAGACAUAUGGCUAUGAAAAUGAUGGCAAGGUUAACUACUGGGAUUUCCGCUACUAUAUGACCAUGUCUGAGGAGAAGAAGUAUGCAGUGGACCACAACAGGCUGAAGGAGUACUUCCCCAUGGAGAAGGUCACCAAGGGCCUCCUGGAAAUAUACCAGGAACUACUAGGACUAAAGUUUUCACAAAUCAAAGAUGCCGAAGUCUGGUUUGAAGAUGUCACCAUGUACAGUGUGACGGACGCCAAGUCAGAGGAACUGCUGGGCUACUUCUACCUGGACCUCUACCCUCGCGAAGGCAAAUAUGGCCAUGCUGCUUGCUUUGGUCUGCAGCCUGGUUGUGUCCUGCCGGACGGAUCUCGCCAGAUAUCUAUAGCUGCCAUGGUGGCCAACUUCACCAAGUCCACCGCCGACCAGCCGUCUCUCCUGACUCAUGAUGAGGUUGAGACAUAUUUCCAUGAGUUUGGCCAUGUCAUGCAUCAGAUCUGUGCACGGGCAGACUUUGCUUUGUUCAGUGGCACCCAUGUGGAGCGCGACUUCGUGGAGGCGCCAUCCCAGAUGCUGGAGAACUGGUGCUGGGAGCGAGAACCUUUGUGUCGCAUGUCCGGCCACUACAAGGACGGCAAGGCCAUUCCAGAUGACCUGCUGGAGAAACUCACCAAGAGCAGGAUUGCCAAUGCUGGUGUCUUCAACCUCCGUCAAAUUCUCCUGGGGACGUUCGACCAGACCAUACACACGAAGCCUGAGGCCGACACAGCCAAGAUAUUCUUUGAGCUGUCUGAGAAGAUUCUGGGCAUCGUCCCGACUCCAGGAACCAACAUGCCGGCUGCCUUCGGUCAUCUGGCCGGAGGGUAUGAUGCUCAAUAUUAUGGCUAUCUGUGGAGUGAGGUGUUCUGCAUGGACAUGUUCUACUCACGGUUCCGGAAAGAGGGGAUCAUGAAUCCGGCUGUCGGCAACAGCUACAGAAACUGCAUCCUUGCACCAGGGGGAUCUGUGGAUGGGGCAGACAUGCUGAAGAACUUCCUGGGUCGUGACCCCCUACCAAAUGCUUUCCUGGAGAGCAAGGGACUGAAGGCGUAGACAUCACCCAAGUACCCCAGCAUGAUGAUAGCUGAUUGUGUGUAUAUAGGAGCAGUGUAUACAUGUAACAUGUCAGUGUACAGAGAUGAUACCAGCAUUGUAUAUAAUAUUUUACAUAAGCAGCAUAAAUUGUGUAAUGACCAAUAUGAAAUACUAAGCAGCAAUUGAACUUUGAGGAUAUGGGUACAUCGGGCAACUAACUAACAUGUGAAAAUCAGUUCAUGUGCAAUGCUGGACACACAUCAGAAUAGCCAGACUGGUGAGUGAGCUGUAGGUAGUAGGAAUGGGAUGGAAUGAUGCAUUUUACCAAUACACAUUUGCCAUGGUUAGGGAUGGAGGUAGGUAUCUCUAUAUUUUUAUUAAAUUUUCCAUCGUCAAAAUGAAAACUACAAUUCUGAAAUACAAGGCUUGUUUCUAAAGUGAUCCCUUAAAUAAGGGAAAUAGAGAAAAUUUGGAAUGGACAAUAUUUGUGAAUGACAAGUCAGGGGGUUACUUCCCUUCUUUUACCGAUCUACUUUCAAGUUUCUUUUAUUACUGAAAAUACUUAAUAGACCUGGUGGCAGGAAAAGAAACUUUCCCAAUAUUUAAGCUUUAUUGCUCGUCGUGAUAUAAUGGGUUAGUGUAACUGUCAACCAAUUACCGGUAAAUGUAAAAAAAUGAAAAUAAAUAUUUGCAAACAAUAUGUAUUCAAUAUCGAAUUUUAAGAUACAGUGAAAGCAUGUCAGAUCAAACAGCAUUAACUCAAAAAUAUAUUGGGACGUUUUUAAAUUUCAGUACAUGACAUGAAGAAUGCCUAAAAAAAUAUAUAUAAAAUGGAGUUGGCAAGAUAAAGGAUUUAUGACAUUACACGUUUUACAAGUUCUAAUUGUAUAGACUGCUUAUCAGGAAUAGAGGAUAUUAUUUGAUACUUAAGUAUUCAUGUUGGUUAUUAAAUAGUUUUCACUCUGCAACUGGUGUGCCAUGAUAUGACCUGCAUCCCAUAUUGUAUUGUUAGCCUAGAUAAUGUGUAGGAACUUAUGGCAUUGUCUGUCCACCAUGGAGAUCUGUUACUCCUGAAGAGAUCAAAUAUAGAUCAGGAAAUGUCAAAUUGAAAUAAAUCUUUGGAAAUUGUAGGAAACUAUCCCAAGAUUUGUCUAUAGACACAGGCAACAAUGCUAUUAUGAGGAACCCAAGUUGGAUGAGGACAUCAAAUUUCCUCUCUGAUAGGUGUGUGGGUGUUGAUUGUCUGUUGUUUGUUGAUGUUUCUAUUCAAAUAUCAAAUGUUAAAAUUAUUUGUUUUGUAUGUGCAUUGUGUGAGAGAUGUUUAGUUAUGUACACACCUGACAACUUACAGUCCUCUUUCAAGUUGGACAAACCACUGAUUGAGUAGUGCAAAUAGAAAAUGUCUGUAUAGGUUCCAGGACAAACCACUGAUUGAGUAGUGCAAAUAGAAAAUGUCUGUAUAGGUUCCAGGACAAACCACUGAUUGAGUAGUGCAAAUAGAAAAUGUCUGUAUAGGUUCCAGGAUUCAAACAUAACAAACCACCAAACGGUUUUCCCAACUUUGUAGUUAUACAUGCAACAACUACAAGUUAUCAUUGUUAGUUAACAAUGUCUAACUACUUUGUAAGUUGCAAUUGCAGCAUUCAUCACAGUGAUUCAAAUUAUGUGUUUUGUUCUCCCGCUGAAAAUGCAAACAUGUUAUGUUUUUGGUAAGAAUUAAGAUUUAAUACUAAAAAGGAUGUGGAAUCAAAACUGUUUGUGCUUUGAACAUAAAAAAUAUGUAAUGAGUUUAGCACAAAUAUAAAUACACACAUUAUUAUUAUUUAUUAUUUUUAUUAUCUGUUUUAAUUUCAAAUUGUUUAUGAUAUGCUCUAAAGAAGUAGCUGAGGUAAUGAAACAAAUUUCUUUGGCAACAAUUUUUUUACCUAUUAUGGACUCACUUCUAGGUUUACAUGUUUAUUUUCAUUCAUUUUCAAAUAUUGUCUUAAAAAUGUAUAUGAAGCUAAAUAAAUCAAACAUGUGGCCUAAUGCAGUGAUAAUAUGUCAGUAUGCAUUUUGUCCUGAUCAUGGAAAAAUUAUUUUUUAUACCUAUGCAUUGUUUGAGUGUUUGUGAACUAUGACUGGAGCUGACUCGGGUGCAGAUCUUGGUGGUAGUUGCAAAUAUUCAAACGUCUAAAGGGGCAUUCUGUACAAAUAUAUCUCACGAAAUGACUCACAGGAACAUGUAAUGGAACAGGCCAGUUAAUGAUCCCACAGACUGUAUGCCCACAAUGAGAUGCUGCUCGUCUUCAUAACAGUAGGAACAAAUGUCUUGCUAUUAAAUCUCCCCAAGUCCUGCAUCUCGGCUUCUGGACUAGGUCACAUCCCUGUGUGUAUGGCUGAACAUGGCGAUGCAAGCUGUUUUCUUGUAAGCUGUCUGGAUGGACAAAGUUUGUCAUCAACUGACAAAAAUGGACAGUUCCUGAUUACCUGCAGACUCUGUCACAGCUGAUGAUGCAGGCACUGUAGUCGUGGUAGCACGAUACAGUAGCAGUAUAUGAUAGGAGUAUGAGCGGCGACAAGCAUAUGGUAGGAUUAUAUAGGAGGAAUAUACAAAUCAUGAGUAUUUUUGAUGAUUUUGAACAAUCUUUCGAAAGCAAUAAUUUUACCAAAAAUUCUUCCUACUACAGUCAUCCGUGCCUUGUCUAAAUAUUCAGAACAAGUAGAUUUUUCUUUCCAUUCACUUAAAAUGUUGCCUUGUACUCCCAUCAAUGCAGCAAACUCCUUUUCUAGAGAGUCUGGCCUGUAAUGUAGGCCGGAAUAUCAGUUGGCCAUUUCACCACACAAGUACCAUACCACCCCUGUUGUUUAACUGUCAUUUUAGAGUUAUCCCCCUUUAGUAAACUUAACCUGAUGCAAGGUCACAUCAGUUUAUGAGGCACUUACUCAUCAAUGUUGGACAUUUUGACACUUCUGUUUGCAUUUCUGCAUGAUCAGUUUUGUAUGGUCCAGAUCAUCUGAAUCCAUCUCAAUCCAGCUUUUCAAUCAAGGUGUUUGUAUAUAAGGAUGUGGCUUAAAUGUGAAUGAAGAA